AUGGCAUCCCCUUCACGAACCCAUCCGUUCGGUCUCCUGCCCGCUCAGAUACGUUGGAGGAUAUACGGUCUCCAGGUUCCCGAGAGGCUAGAGUUCGUGAAGUUCAGCAAGUCCAAAAAGUCUACGCAGCCUGCGGAAUUGAUACCACCUUUCAUGCAGCUGAUGCAGCAAUUCCCUCAUCUCGCUCGUGAAAUGAGACUCCGGCUGUUCUCGCAACCGCAAUUCGCAUUCGUCUCCAGUAUCCGAAACGGGCAAUACUCUCAUGGCUGUCAGCUCGCUUUAGAGUUCCUCCAGUCCAUUCAACCGGCAGAAAUUGGUUGCAUCCGGAAGAUCUGCUGUGACCUCGAGUGGACGACUAGAGCGGAGUACGCCGACUCGUUCUUCGAGAUGCUAGCAAGAUUAGCUACAAACCCUACGAGAGACAUCAAGGAUCUAGAUUUCGAAGUGAAGCCAGCGCCAGAGGUCAAGCGCCCCAACAGAGGCGUCUCAACUCCCUCCUUCGCCUUUACUCUGCACGGGCUCCUCGGACUUGAGAUCAUCAUAUUUGUGUCAGGAACGGGCCGUCUGCCAGACCCUGUUGCUUGUGUCUCGCAGAUCAAUGAAUUCAUACAACAACGUCGCGAGGGACGCUUAACGGUCAACUUCCUUGAGCAAUUGCCACCUGAGCUGAGAGUUAUGGUGUAUCGCCGCUUGCCACUUCCGCCGCAUCAUGUCAUUGGGCCACUGAAUGCGAACAUGCCCAUGAGCUGCUUGCAUCUACUUCAGGUCAAUCGUCGGAUGAAGGAGGAACUCGUUCCAAUUCUUUACGGAGACUGCGUCUUCGAGUUGCGCGCCACAUCGAGCUGGCGUCACGCGAGAAAAGAGGAUCCUCUCAUCUCUGACCAAGCCCGCUGGAUAUCUGCAUUCCUACGCAACGCCCAUGUGACGCUCAUCAAGAGGGUGAAAAUAGUCCUCAAAACCCACGGUGUUCAAGCCGGCAAUUACACGCCACCAAUCAACACCAUCAUCGGUGAGUUGCGCCGUCGGUGCACCUUUCAGAUUCAGGAUACAUACGAAGCACAUGCCAUUCAAGGGAUUCCGAUCACCUCAAACGAGUGGAACUCUGGCAUCGGAAAGCGUUGUUUCCAGGUCAAGCUCGUGACACGGCGUGGCACCGAGCUGGUCGUAGAGAUACGGGCAGAAUGGGACAAUCAGAGACAAUUCGGCCUGGUGAAAGAUUCACAGGAGCACGUGAUACGGACCAUCUACAGCAGGAGCGUGAAUGGCAUGCGGUCCAAGCUGGAUGAUAGCGGAAUUGUCUUUGAUGCUUGA